GUAGAAGCAAUGAAACGUUUCGCUAUCUGUCUUGUUUCGCAAGUAGAGCUUUAGAAAAGCACAAGCAAAACCCGAAGCUAAAGAGAAAACCUACUCUGCCUCCGUUUCUUCUCUCUCUCAAUUUCACCAUUUAGAUCGGACCAAAGAUGUUCCUCACAAGGACCGAGUAUGACCGGGGAGUGAACACUUUCUCUCCCGAAGGCAGAUUGUUUCAGGUUGAAUAUGCUAUUGAAGCCAUUAAGCUAGGUUCAACUGCAAUUGGGUUAAAGACAAAAGAAGGUGUCGUGCUUGCAGUUGAGAAGCGUAUCACUUCACCACUGCUGGAGCCCAGUAGUGUGGAAAAAGUUAUGGAAAUUGAUGAGCAUAUUGGAUGUGCCAUGAGUGGAUUAAUUGCAGAUGCUCGUACACUUGUUGAGCAUGCACGUGUGGAAACUCAGAACCAUAGAUUCUCAUAUGGUGAGCCCAUGACAGUGGAGUCCACGACCCAAGCUCUCUGUGAUCUUGCUUUACGAUUUGGUGAAGGCGAUGAAGAAUCCAUGUCUCGUCCAUUUGGGGUGUCACUUCUCAUUGCUGGUCAUGAUGAGAAUGGUCCUAGCCUGUACUACACAGAUCCAUCUGGAACAUUUUGGCAAUGCAAUGCAAAGGCUAUUGGUUCAGGAUCAGAAGGUGCAGAUAGCUCUUUGCAAGAGCAAUACAACAAGGACCUCACACUUCAAGAGGCUGAGACAAUUGCACUUUCCAUUCUGAAGCAAGUUAUGGAAGAAAAGGUGACUCCAAACAAUGUUGAUAUUGCAAAGGUGGCUCCAACAUAUCAUUUGUAUACCCCUGCAGAGGUGGAGACGGUCAUUAGUCGUCUAUAAGAACACCAUAUCGUGUAAUUUCCUUGUAUUCCCUAAAUUGCUUGUCUUAUUAGUUGGGGAAGCGUAGGAUUGAACUCGUGCAAUUUUUUUGUCAAAUGGUGCUAUACUAUGCUACUUGAAUUGUUAGUUUUAUGACUGGAUUUCAUCUCAAUGGAACUCAAUUCUCAUUUUGUUGGACUUUAAAAA